CAAGGUUGAACGAGUUAACCCCACUGUCAAUUUACACCCGCACCAUCCCCCGUCCUAACAGGCGACAGUCUUCGCAAAGUCAUCUAAACAACAAGCACUGUCACGACAACGAGGAUGUUCUCCACUCUUUGUGCCAGUGUCGUCACACACACGCAUCUUUGUAGAAAUCUCGCAUAUGGCAUCUCGCACCCAAAUCGGUUUCUCUCAAGCUGUUGCCAAUCGUACAAACAAAUGCGUUCCCACAGCCCUUCAAUUCAUCCGACCCAUGCUGGAUUUAGACAGCGGAUGGAUUUGCGACGGAUCUGCGACGGAUUGGCUGAUAUUCUUGUGAUCGGUUGACACGGUGGCCCGAUACCCCGGCAUUGCCUGAGUGUUGUCUUCCUCUGUCCCGCGUUCUUUCUUUCUUUCUUUCUCUCCUUCUCUCUUUCUGUCCUUCUCUUCCUCAGUCUUGUCUGUUUCAUCUUCAUUCCGAAAUGCAGGCCACUUCACUGUUUUUAGCAUUGCUAGUUUUCCUCAUAUCUUCAGCAUCAACUGGCCGGGCUCUUCUGAUUUCGCCUCCUACGAAAGCUGUCGCCGGAUCUAAUGCGACUGUGCUUUGCACCGUUGAGACUGGGGAGUCGAUCGACGGUCUGACGUUCUAUCUUACGAACAACGUGACGCGCGACGCUCUUGCCACCACUGUGUUGACCACCGAUCCGAUACAGCUCUUGGUGAACAUCCCUUCGGGGCUAUCGGGAAAAGGAUGGAAGAUAUCUGCUGUAGACGCUGCCAAUCCCGAUGCUCUUGUCGGUCAAUCGGCAGCGUUCUCUAUAACUUCACCCCCCAAUCCCGGUCAUUUGGCCCUCAUCAUUAGUGUGGUUCUUUCUGUUAUCGUUCUCGUCGGCCUUGUCGCAAUCGGUCUGUUGGUCCGUCGCCGUCGCCAACAGCAGAGAGCCGCUGCCCCGACUUUCAAUAUCGAAACUGGGAUGGUAUCUGCUUUGGGACAUCGCCACAUCCCUUCCACUGCCAGCUCACGCUCCGUCGAGUCCCCAAAGCAAUCUCUUGAGCAAGAGAAGCUGCGAUGGGAGCAGCAGCUCGAUGCGCAGUUCGCGCGCGCGCGAGCAGGAACACCGGACAUUUCGCGUGGUCCCAGUCGGGAAGACUCCCCGCCCAGAGUCCCUCCCGUUGCUUUCGCUCACUCUUAAACGACACUCAUUUUUGCUCACAAUUCGGAAUGGACCACUGAAACGAUGCCUUGUAACGUAAAAUGGAUGGCCUGGACAGUCCUGGACAAUAUUGUAACUUGCACUCUCAUAAUUUCUGGUAUCUUCUUACCGAUGUAGUUGCCUGUGUGCCUCUGAAUUUGUACCAGUACAAUGUACCGCAUGUGGCAUGUGCAAUCGGAUUUAAUUAUCUCUUGAA